CUCCUAGGGUAGCUCUCCUUUAUGUAAGUGCGCUGAGGGAAGAUAUUUUCCCUCCCAAUGAAAUUUGAAGGGCGUGCCCACUUUGUUCACUUCGCAGCUGUCAGGAUUUAUUCAUUCAUAAUAGGGGGCUGCUGAAAGGUUAUGUUUCAAACUUUACUGCGUUUCCCUCUGGGGCUAUUCAUGAACUAAGCACUGGAAGAGAGAGAGAGUAUGGAUUUAUAGUCUCCAUUUCUGGACACUUGGAACAAAAGACUAGGUACCACCUAUAUCCUACCUCUCUGGAGUGUGGGGUGAAAUGGAAUCAAAAUUGUCACAGCACAAGCAUUUUGAAUCAGAUGAAUUAUCUCGAAUGCCAGAAAAGGAAAAAGGACAAAAUGGAGAUGAGCAGAUAGUUGCAGAAAUCAUGGGAAGACGUUUCUCUCCUUCACUGAUAACCACCCGAGCCUGGGAAAAAUUCCAUUUUGUUGGACAUGAGAUAGAGAUUACAGAAGCUACUGACAGUUACGGAGCUGUGGUCUGGCCUUCAGCUCUUGUUCUGUGCCACUUUUUGGAAACAAAUGUGAACUCAUGUAGCAUGGACGAUAAAAAUGUCAUUGAAAUUGGAGCGGGGACAGGUCUGGUCUCGAUAGUAGCUAGUUUCCUUGGUGCCCACGUGACUGCCACUGACCUGCCCGAACUGUUAGGAAACCUUCAGUACAAUGUUUUCAGAAACACAAAGAUGCGAUGCAAACAUCAGCCCCAGGUGAAAGAACUGUUUUGGGGGGUUGACCUGGAAGAGAAGUUCCCCAAGUCUUUUUGCCAGUUUGACUACAUCUUGGCUGCCGACGUCGUCUAUCACCACCCUUACCUAGAUGAGCUCCUGCUCACCUUUGACCACUUGUGUAAUGACAACACUGUCAUCCUCUGGGCCAUGCGGUUUAGGCAGGAGAGAGAAAACCAGUUUGUGGACAGAUUCCAGAAGCUAUUUGACCUGGAAGUGAUUUCUGACUUUCCCAGUUUAAAUAUAACCCUGUUUAAGGCAAAGAGAAAACACAGAGUGAAAUGGUCUCCAGUUGGUUGUUAAUGGAACCUGAUAGUUAGCUAG